CACCCAACCACCAAAUUUCUCUCAACCAAAUUUCUCAAUCCCAUGACUGCCACCAAUUAAUUAACUAAUAUGUUCGACCUUCCGAACGCAAAACGCGUCCGUCGCAAUGAACUUCUCUCUCCGUCCUCCUCACGAUCUCCAUCGCCUCAACCCGAAGAAACAUUUACCAGUGGAUAUGAGCGACUAGGUGAAUUGCUGGAUUUGGAUUCCCUGCUUCAACCAGAACAACCUUCGGAACAGACAGAUACUCAAGGACCCAAUGCCGAGAACAUAAAGGAGGAAGAAGAAGAAGAGCAAGAGUUUGAGUUCCGACUAUUCAGCGCGCCGGUUCGGAAUGCUACUGCGCAAGAUGAUGCUACGGGUGAGAAGAAAAAAGAUGAGGGCGCUACGACAGGGACUCAGAAGUUGCGAAUCCGGCUACGGUCUCCAACGCCUGGUGCGGGGGGUCUACAUGAUGGGCGAUUCGUGAAUCCGUUUCGGGGGUGGGAUUAUUACUUUUCUGCGCCGGGGCUGCUUUCUGGGUCGAAGGAGGAUGAUCCGAAGGUUGCGCUGCGGCGGAAACAGUUCGAGGAGGUGGCUGUUAGCGGACAACAGAUGGGGGAGUGGGCAAAGGUUCCUUGGCCUGGAUGUGACCUACCAUGGCGGGUGACUCGUUUGAAAAGGCAUCAGACGAAAUUGCCUCGACGUUCAGAGGAUCCUACGACUGCCAUUUUCGUUACCGAGCCUCAUGACAGAGAUCCCAAGUCUUGGAAGAAGCCAGGCAAAAAGCGACGGCUCCAGCUUCGCAAACGCCUUGCCGCGGCGGAGCAGGCCAAGGAAACGGAGGCUGAGAAACGGAACCGCAAGAACAGAGAGCGGAAGAUUAAGCGGAGACAGAAGGCAAGGGAAAUGAAAGCUGCCACUGCCGCAGCCUUGGGGAAAGUUCAAGAUACGCCUGCCGUUGAGGGGGAUGAUGCUUUCUCGCAGGAGGGAAGUGACUGAUGUAUUCCCAUUGGUGUGCUUUCUGAUAGCCUUUGCU